AUGGAAGGAAGUCUAGAAGCAGGACUCAAUGAUUAUCGCCCACUAGGGUUACGUCUGAGGCCCUAUCCAGUUGAUGUGUCGAAACGUCGCACCAACCAAUCUCUGAACUCCAAAUCCGCUUUUUAUUUACCACCACUGCUUAGUGCACUAAUAUUUAAUAAUUCUAAUAGCGAUGCUCGCGAUCAUUGUGCAAACGAACGGACAUUUCUCUCCUACCUACGUCUCAGCACCUAUAUGGCUCUCAUUGCUUGUGCCAUAGUUAUUUCAUUUCAUUUCAAAGAUGAACCCUCAAAAUUGGAACUACGGGUAGCAAAACCUCUCGGCCUAGUUUUUUGGUCUCUAAGUGUGGCCUGUCUUGGUGUAGGAGCUGGUACAUAUAUUAAUACCGUGGACAAAUACAGCCGACAAGUUGCCAUUGUUCAAAAUGGCUGGAAAACCCUAACAGUACUCACAGCAAUAGCAGCCUCCAUAUGUGGCAGUUGCAUAUUCUUCCUUAUUAAUAAUGGCGAAUAA